UCAUCCAAAACCAAUGUUUUUCGAAACCCAAUUCUGCCGUCUUCAUUACUCGCUGCCACAAGUCGCCCGAGGCCAUUUUCCUUCUACUCAGUUGGUUGUCGUCAACAAGUGCCGUGCGACCCCAAUACGAGCUGGCCGAGAUGCUCGUCGACACGAGGCUAUCCCCAAAGCUCACUGUGGUUGUUGUCAUGUUCAAAACGUUGGCACCGUUUUAAGUGCGACACCCGCUUCCCGCACGGCGAAGCAUUUCUUCUUCCAAUGUGGGCUUCAUCAACCCUGCCCAUUUCCCCCCCUCCUCCCUCCUCCCAACUCAGGUCCUCAGGAGACGACGCUGGAUUGCAUCCCAGGUUUGGGAGGCAGCACGUGGCUUUCCUGGCCGAGGAGCACUGCAUUGCAGCGUGCUGUGCUGUGCUCUGGCGACAAGCUCCCCUUCCUAGGUAUAGCCUUGCUCCCAUAGAUCAAAUAUUGGUUGUUCAAGUACAUGUCAGGCCCGUCCCUUUCGACCGUCAUGACUUGCGCUCGACCCCUGUGUCGCAAGGUCGCCAGUGGCGAUCAAAAACUUCGAUACAGUGCAUACGAGGCGCUACCAUUGCGAUUCCAGUGUGUCAUUCGACCCUCGGUAGAUAUUGCAGCGUGACUAGGGAAAGGCGAUUAUCCGGCAAUCGUGGGGAAGUGCAUUGUUUUCGUUUGAUUGACCCCCUUUCGCUCUUCAUUCACCCAACCGCAUCCACGGAUCUACCUACUAUUCGGAAAUGGCCACGAUUGGAUCAAGUCAUAUAA